CGCAGCAGGUGGCCUCUCGGGUCAAUUUACUCAUUAAGAUAUGGAUACACUGAACAAGUUCACAGCUCCUGCAAGUGCAAAACUUCGGCUUCGGUGAUUGAGUGAGUCUGAGGGUGUAUGGGUGUGAAUCUUCACCUCCAAGUGCUAGCCAACAUGGAAUGUUGACUCUGAAAGACUGCAACUACGGUUUUUGCCAGAGCCAUAUAUUUAGACCAUGCCAUAUAAACACACACAAAUACACAUAUCAGACCCCUUGACUUUUCCCACAUUUUGUUACGUUACAGCCUUAUACUAAAAUGCAUUCAAUUGUUCAAUCUUCACACAAUACCCCAUAACGACAAAGCAAAAAACGGGAUUUAGAAUUUAGAAAUAGCUUCAUGCUGCCAUCUAGUGUAAGGUAAGAAGUGAUACAUUCCAUAAGUGGUCUCUACUAUUGUAUCAGCUGCUCCGGUGGUUCUCAACCUUUUUUCGGUUACUGUACCAUCAAGUACAUUCAGCUCUGCCCAGAAUACCCUUGAAGUACCCCUUCAAGUGCAUUUUACCAGAAAGCCUAUGGUCUCAUGAGUCUUCUCAAGUACACCCUGUGGAUAGGUCAAGUACCCCCGGUGGGAGUAAUGAAAAACGGAAAUAUUCCAUUUGCAUAAUUAUUUAGACCCUUUGUUGAAGCAACUUUGGCAGCAAUUACAGCCUCAGGUCUUCUUGGGUAUGACUCUACAAGCUUGGCACACCUAUAUUUGGGGAGUUUCUCCCAUUUUUUCUCUGCAGAUCCUCUCAAGCUCUGUCAGGUUGGAUAGAGAGCAUUGCUGCACAGCUAUUUUCAGGUCUCUCCAGAGAUGUUCGUGGCUGGGCCACGCAAGGACAUUUAGAGAUGCCACUCCAGCAUUGUCUUGGCUGUGUGCUUAGGGUCGUUGUCCUGUUGGAAGGUGAACCUUCGCCCCCAGUCUGAGGUCCUGAGGUACUUUGCUCCGUCCAUCUUUCCCUCGAUCCUGACUAGUCUCUCAGUCCCUGCCGCUGAAAAACAUCCUCACAGCAUGAUGCUGCCACCACCAAGAUUCACUGUAGGGAUGGUGCUAGGUUUACUCCAGACGUGAAGCUUGGCAUUCAGGCCAAAGAGUUCAAUCUUGGUUACAUCAGACCAGAGAAUCUUAUUUAUCAUGGUCUGAUAGUCCUUUAGGUGCCUUUUGGGUGCCUUCCUUCUGGCCACUCUACCAUAAAGGCCUGAUUGGUGGAGUGCUGCAGAGAUGGUUGUCCUUCUGGAGCUCUGUCAGAAUGACAGGUUCUUGCUAACCUCCCUGACAAAGGCCCUUCUCCUCCGAUUGUUCAGUUUGGCCGGGUGGCCAGCACUAGGAAGAGUCUUGGUGGUUCCAAACUUAUUCAAUUUAAGAAUUUUAUUGUUAUUUAUUUAACCUUUAUUUAACUAGGCAAGUCAGUUAAGAACAAAUUAUUAUUUAAAAUGGCGGCCUACCCGUCAUUGUAUGGAGGGUAGGCCACUUGAGGGUAGGCCACAAGAAUGAUGGAGGCCACUCUGUUCUUGGGGACCUCCAAUGCUGCAGACAUUUUUUGGUACCCUUCCCCAGGUCUGUGCCUCGACACAAUUCUGUCUCGGAGCUCUACGGACAAUUCCUUUGACCUCAUGGCUUAGUUGUUGCUCGGACAUGCACUGCCAACUGUGGGACCUUAUGUAGACAGGUGUGUACCUUUCCAAACCAUGUCCAAUCAAUUGAAUUUACCACAGGUGCUCCAAUAAGUUGUAGAAACAUCUCAAGGAUGAUCAAUGGAAACAGGAUGCACCAGAGCUCAAUUUCAAGUCUCAUAGUACAGGGUCUGAAUAAUUGUGUAAAUAAGGUACUUCUGUUUUUUAAGUUUAAUACAUUUGCAAACAUAUCUAAAAACCUGUUUUCGCGUUGUCAUUAUGGGGUAUUAUGUGUAGAUUAAUGAGGGAAGAAAUGUAUUUAAUCCAAUUUUAGAAUAAGGCUGUAAUGUAACAAAAUGUGGAAAAGGGGAAGGGGUCUGAAUACUUUCCGAAUGCACCGUAUGUGUGUGCUGUAACAUUUUGUCUAGCACGUGCUAUUGUCUCCAAAUGGUAUUAACAGUUAUGUACCGUAUUACGUUUAUGAACACUGCAUGAUUUUUGUGGAAUAUGAUACCUUUAAUGAGAAGCUUUAAACGCGUCUUCCAGCCAGCUUCAGAAGAUGGUCCAGGAUAUCAAGAAGAAUGAUGGCAGCAUCCUAAACAGGCUGAGAAGAUUUCAAAACAAGUCAUCUCCAAAACUACCCGUAAAAGACUAUCAAGGUAAUGACGUGGAGGAAGAACAGUGGUCUGAAAAAGAGUUUGACAGUGACACUUAUGAGUUCCCUCAAGAGGAGAAGGAUGACAGCUAUGAGCCUCCUCCCUGUCAGAGAGUCUUCCCCUCCACCUCGUCUGCCUCCUUUCCCAGGGGGGAAUACAUAGACAGCUGCCGCAGCAGGCCGGGAAGCCCCUCCCCCAGAAAGCCCGUCCUGCCUCCAAAAACCACCAAACCAUCACCGUCACCAUCACUGCCCCCUAAACCCAACCAGCAGGACUAUGAUGAAGAAGACUAUGUCGACCCAGAAAGUGACGAUGAAGACAACUAUAUAAACCCCACAGAGGAAUCACCUGCUAACCGUCUGAUGCAUGGAAGAGGCAAACCAAUAACGAGCAGUCCUUCAAUGUCCAAGACUGUGCCAGAGCGCUCAAAUAGCCCAGAUGUGUAUGAAGUCCCUGACAUGGAGGAAAACUCUCCUCCCCCAGUGAGCAGACCUUCCACACUCCUCAAAGUCCCUAGACAGAGUUUGCCCCCUAGAGCCAGCCCAAGAAUGCACAUGAAGAGUUGUCAUCCAAUCCCAGUCCAGGAGCCCAUAGAUGAUGCUGUAUAUGAAGCCUGCAAUCCAGAAUUAACUGGCAGUACAGCGUCUGAGCAAAAGCCCCUGCCUGCACUUCCCAAACCAAUGCCCAGAGAGACGACGCCAUUGAGGCCAUACUUUAGACCGAGGCUAGAUAUUGCAUCUGGUGGAAAUGAAGGCACAGCACUGGCCACGAGGCACAUUAACCAGAAACUCACGGCCACACCCCAACCCUCUGAAUACAAGUGUGCCAAGAUUCCUCUGCCACAGAUGUUUACCUCUCACAAACCUGAUAGAGGAACUGUACCCACAGAUGAAAAUGAGUUAACAGAUGCUGAAGAGGGGACAGAUGUCUUGAAGAAACCCUGGUAUGCCAGCACCUGUGACCGUAAGACAGCUGAGGAUGCCUUGGUUCGCUCAAAUAAGGAUGGGUCCUUCCUCAUAAGGAAGAGCUCUGGUCAGGACACACAGCAGCCAUACACUUUAGUGGUGUUUUACAACAGUAGAGUCUACAACAUCCCAGUGCGCUACAUCCAAGCAUCGCAGCGAUACGCACUCGGGAGGGAGAAGAAAGGAGAGGAGCGUUUCACCAGUGUUUCCCACAUCAUUGAGAACCAUCAGAGGAACCCCUUGGUACUGAUUGACAGCCAGAGUAACUCCAAGGACUCUACCAAAUUGUGCUAUGCUGUGAAUCCUUAGGCCUCACUAGAUCCUAACUAGUCCUAUGGAUCAUCAGGGAUUUAAGGUUCGGACUUGGGAGUCACAUUCCAAAUCAGUGCGUCGAGUGCAAGUCAUCAGGCAACUUGAUGCUGCUCUCAGUUUGAAAUUACUGACCAUCUGUUCAGGUUUUGUGAGAAACAGUUGGAUUAGUUCGGUCACAUUCACCCAGUCAUGGCUUUCCAAGCAAGACCAGAAUGAAAUUGACUUACUGUAAUGUGCUCUAGACAGACUGGUUGCUUUUGGCAAUGUACCAAUGCACCAGCUUAACACGUCUGUACGUCAUAUAACGUCCGUUGGACAUAGAGGAAUGACAUCACUGCCUUCUCUCCCUGCCAACAUCCCCCGGCCACAAAAUAGAAGCUAUCAAGAUGAAGAUCACAGAGGUUAUUUUUAACGAGUGCAUUUGGUAAUUGGCUAGAUUGCAUCAACUACCUUCACUAAAACCACUGCAAAGGUUUUACCUGCAAACUUUGAAUCGUGAUUUGAUGGGAGAGGUGCCUGUCUGAAGAGGACCCUCCUGGAACAAUUUUUUUCCAUCUUUUCGAAAUGUACUAAGUCAGUCCGUCAUGAUUACCGGACCCUAGUCAAUGCUGUUGCCUAGGGUCAUGUUUCCGGGACUGGUUUUGUGCCAAUUCAGUAAAAUAGUUCAUGUGUGUACAUUUUCAAACGUGUGUUGAACAUUUUGCAUUCUAUGGGGUCUUUUCUACCAACCAAACAUGGCCCCUCGAAUAGUGCCAUGAUGUAUUCUUAAAGAAUAAAAUAUUGUAGAAAUAUUAUAAAUAGAAAGUAACUACAGUAAGUGUGAAUGGUGUAUGAUGCUGGAAAGCAACACCAAUAGAAAAAAAAAAUAUCUGCAGCAUUGAGUUUUAUACUAUAUUCUUUAGUUGUGUUCAUUAACUCAAAAUGAUUGAUAUACCUUUCCUUUCUUAAUUGUUACCCAACUUACAUACAUAUUCAAUAAUCACACAUAGAUUGUCAAACUAUUUGUAUUUAUUGAUCUGU